AUGGAGACUCAGCCAGUGCAACCGUCUACCUUCAAUUCUGGCAAGGAAUCUCAGCCGUUCUUCCACACUAAGGAAUUCACUGUAGAUGAACAGAGCUAUCCCCAAAAGCAAGAAUUGUUCCAAGGAAAAUUCCCUGCGAGUUCAUGCAAAACAUCUUCUUCUCCAACAGCCCUCGGACUACUCCUUAGGUCCUCAAUAUUUAGAGAAUUGGUGGAGAAGAAUUCAAGUGUCUCUGAAGAAGAAAAUCUUGCAGAAGAUGCAAAGGACCAACGACAGAAGGGUAGUGAUGAUGACCAUGCUGGGAUAUUUUAUGAAGGAACUGGGGAUGCCCCAUUUGUGCUUUCGUCUAAUGGUCAUGAUGUUGAGUUGCAAGGAGAUUUCCACUUCAGUUACAAUCGGCAUAGUAAUCCACUCGGAACAACGUUAUAA